UCUUCAUCCAAAGUCCUUUUUUUGCUUUCAAAUUCUCAAAUCUGUGUUUCUGAUCAUUUCCACUCUUUGUUUUUCAGUUUUCACAUUUUAUGUAUCGUCUCAAUUAAGGGGAAAAAAAAAACUUUCUUUUAUUUCUGAAAACCAAUCUUUCUUCAUGCCUUGAUUUCCACUUCGCAAAAGAAACAGCGCAGAGGAUAGUUCAGCGAAGCUACUUAUUUCUCUGAAGCUCUAUUUCACCGAGAGAAACAGAGACUAUCAACAAAAAUGGCGGAAUCUAUUGCCCCUACUGCUGUCAAAAUUGUGGGAAACCAGGCAAAGGAAUACAUAUCACCUUAUCUCCGUUACUUUUUCUGUUAUGGAGAGAUUGUUGAAGAUUUCACUAAUCAACGAAACGCACUUAAAUUGAGGAAACAGAGGGUGGACACUCAUGUCGAUGAGGCUACAAAGCAAAUGGAGCUCAUCCAUAAGGACGUUGAGGACUGGCUGAGAAGGGCUGAGAAAGAACUGGAAGAAACCCAGAACUUGGAAGAUGAAAUAGAUCGCGUCAACUGUUUCCAAUGGUGUCCUCAAUGGGGCUGGCCAUAUUGCUUAAGUAAGAAACUGGCAGAGAAGACUCCAAUUAUCUCUGAACUUUUAGAGACUUCUAACUUUGCACAGGUGGGCUAUCGCGGUUCUCUUCAAGGAAUAGAGUUCAUCACAUCCACUCAUUUCAUGGACUCUAAAUCUUCAAAAUCAGCUUUGAACCAGAUCAUGGAGGCUAUGAAAGCUGUCAACAUGAUCGGACUGUACGGAAUGCCAGGAGUUGGUAAGACAACUUUAGCCCAAGAAAUUGGGAAGCAUGCUGGAGAACAAAAGCUAUUUGAUAAAGUUGUGAUGUUUACUAUGUCUCAAAAUCCAAACAUCAACAAUAUUCAAGAUAAAGUUGCAGAUGUUUUCGGUUUAAAAUUUCAAACAAGUAGCCCAGAAGGAAGAGCAGAAGAGCUGUUGAAGAGUAUGCAACGCGUGAACAAAAUCCUCGUAAUUGUUGACGAUCUCUGGGAAGAAUUCAAAUGGAAGAUUCUCGGAAUUCCAUUCGGUGAUGACCAUAAGGGUUGUAAAAUUCUUCUGACUACACGUCGUCAACAAGUCUGCACUAAAAUGAACUGUCAGGAGGAAAUUCAACUUGGCAUCUUAUCCGAAGACGAAGCAUGGGUUUUAUUUCGAGAUCAAGCUGGUUUAGAAGGUAACAGUUUCGCCUUGAAUAAUGAAGCCAAAAAGGUUGCUGCUCAAUGUAAGGGAUUGCCUCUUGCAAUUGUUGUCGUGGCCAAAGCUUUGAAAUGUCUGAGUUUAGAUUUAAAUGGGUGGAGAACCGUAAAUCAGAGAUUUAAGGACUCGAGGCAUUUGGAUAAUGAAGAAGUUCUCGGGGAUGUCCUCAGGCCUCUUAAGUUUAGCUACGAUUAUUUGAAGAAAGGCAAUAGCCAAAUGACGGGGAAUGACAUCCAAAUGUGUUUCUUACUGUGUUCCCUUUUUCCUGAAGAUUUUGAAAUCCCUAUUGAGCAGUUGAUUAUGUGCGGAAUUGGGGUAGGAUUGUUCCCUAAUGCUAACUCGAUUGAAGAAAAAAGGAAUGAAAUGGUUAUGGCACUUAAAAAACUCAAAAAAUCUGGCUUGUUAUUGGGAACUGAUGAUGCAAAAAGGAUAAGAAUGCAUGAUGUGGUUCGAGAUUUUGCUCAUUGGCUAACAUCGAUCGGAGAAAAUAGAUUCAUGGUAAGAGAUAAGGUGAAAAAAUGGCCUGAUAUGGUUGAAAAUUUUGAAUGUUAUACUGGAAUCGCUUUAUGGAAUUGUAGUAGUAACAUAAAAUUUCCUGACAAAGUGGAAUUUUCAAAGCUCAAGACUUUGUUUCUUAAGCGGGAGUGGAACUGGAGGGGGGAUGAUUUACUAGUGGUUUCCAGUACAUUUUUUGAAGAAAUGAGAACCCUCCAAGUUCUAUAUCUCAAACAUUUCUCACUAAAAGGAUUCCAUUCCUUAUCAAAUCUUAAAACUUUGUGGUGUGAGUUUUGCAAGCUAGAAAACGUCUCAUCAUUUCUGAUGAAUAUGAGAAAUCUUGAGAUUCUUGCAUUGAUUGACACUGAGAUUGAUGAGAUAAGUGAAGAAUUAGUGAAAUUGUCUACACUGAAGUAUUUACGUCUUUCUUUUGCUCAAUUUUAUGGUGAAUCAGAAAUCAGAAUCCACCCAAGCUUGCUAUUAAGGUAA